CCUCUUGCAAUGCGUCAAGUCAUCUCGCAGUCCCGCACCUGGAAUCUGCUGCAAUCGCGUUUCAUGAAUCGGGAAUCGCGGUGGAAUUUUACACGCGUAACAUAGCGCAACCGUCUCGUCUCGGUGUGUGUGUCCGUGUGUAUGUGACAAAGUUGGGCAAAGUGCGCGCCGCUUACGUGCGUCAGUCUGGAAAAGAAAUGGAGGACGUUUUGAACGAAGUCGUCUCUUCCGAGGAUUUGAAGAAAUUCGAAACUGUGUACCAUGAGCAAUUGCAUUCGUCGUAUGUCACGCAAAAAGCACAAUUCGAAUACGCCUGGUGCCUUGUGAGGAGCAAAUAUUCAGCAGACAUUAGGAAAGGAAUAUUGCUGUUGGAGGACCUUUAUAACAAUCACGAUACGGAGAGGCGUGAUUGCUUGUACUAUUUGGCCAUUGGAAAUGCUAGAAUAAAGGAAUACUCCAAGGCACUCUCGUACGUCAGAGCAUUCCUUCAGAUUGAACCUGCGAAUGUACAAGUGCAACAUUUGGAAUCGUUAAUAAGGAAGAAGAUGGAAAAAGAGGGCCUUAUGGGUAUGGCUGUCGCGGGAGGUGUUAUUAUCGGUGUUGCAGGUAUUCUAGGCCUGGGCAUCGCGAUGGCAAAAAAAAAUUAGAAAGCGUCACCCCUAAAAGAACUAUUAGAAUCGUGAUUAUGCAAUUACAAUUGUGAUGUAAUGUGUUUGCGCGAAAUGGUGUGUAACUUGCGUCAUAAUUGCUGUUUGAGACUGAAGAGUCUCAAAUGUACUAGAACGUUGACCAAAUCCAAUAAAUGUAAUUUGUAACGUUAUUUUUCUAUUAAUCACAGAAAAGGAGAACAAGGGGAAAAACUAGCGUGAACAUGAUUUGUUUAAUUUAUAUUAUUUAAUAUUAUUUAUACCGUUUUAAGCACAUCGUUUAA